AUGCCCAUUGCCGCCUAUACCUCUUCACUCGCCCGCAAUAUCACCCGCCGCAUCUUCGCCUCACUCCCACUGGUCCUCUUCACCACCUCCGGCGUCAUCUUCAUCAAUGACAAUGUCAUCGAGACCAGUUGGAUCACGGGAGGUUCCAUGAGUCCCACUUUGUCACCUGACUACGAGACCACACGAAAGCGCGAUCUUGUGCUGUGGAAUAAGUGGUCGGCCAACACUGCGCGGUAUGAGCCCGGGGAUGUGAUACUCUUCCGUUCCCCGCACGAUCCGGAGACAGUAGCUGUGAAGCGCGUGAUCGGUACCGAAGGGGACUCCAUCACCCUCGAUCCUCGACGCCGACCUUCACGACGCCGAGACGCUGCUGACUUGCCGGAGAGUCGGGGCUGGGAUGCUUGGGCAGGCCGGGUGCCGACGGUGCCAGACGGUCACUUAUGGGUAGAAGGUGACUUCUGGCGCCGGAGUCGUGAUUCGAAUUGGUACGGACCCAUCUCAAAGAGUCUGGUGCAAGGAAAGGCAGUCGCGGUGGUUCGGCACGAGACCUUGGGAGGACGGGUAUACAAGCAAGACGAAGGUUAA